CCACCCGGCACUGCCACAGGGAUGUUGUGAACUUUCUGCCAGUGCAUUUAAGCACAGCAGAGCAGGGAAACGUGGGUGUAAAGGUCGGUGGUGCAAGAGGUGGAGCCAGCUGCCCGAAGUUCAGCCUUUCCUACAAAUCUGCGGCGAGAGAAACUUGAAGCAAAGCUCGAGCAGUGAAGGCACAGCACUGCUCUGCAAGGACAGCAUGGUGCGGAGCGUGGGCAUUAUCGGGGCCGGGGUCAGCGGGCUGGCCUCUGUCAAGUGCUGCCUGGAUGAGGGGCUGGAGCCUACCUGCUUCGAGAGGAGUGAGGACAUCGGGGGGCUCUGGCGCUACACGAACUCCAUGGACAGCGGAAGAGUCAGCGUGUACCGCUCAGUCAUUACCAACACCUCCAAGGAGAUGUCCUGCUUCAGCGACUUUCCUUGCCCAGAAGAUUUUCCCAAUUACCUACCCCACAGUCUCCUCAUGGAGUACUUUCGGAUGUAUGCCCGGCACUUUGACCUCCUGCGGCACAUACAGUUCAAGACAACAGUUCUCAGUGUGAGGAAGCACCCAGAUUUCGCCACCUCGGGCCAGUGGGAGGUGGUCACUGAGACCGAUGGCAUCCAUAAGUCACACACCUUUGAUGCCGUCAUGGUUUGCACUGGCCACUUCCAGGAGCCCUACUUACCACUGGCUUCUUUCCCAGGUAUCGACACUCGCUUCAAAGGGCAGUACCUCCACAGCUGGGAAUACAAAGAUGCGGAGGCUUUCCGGGGAAAGAGGGUCCUUGUGGUUGGCACUGGAAACACUGGCGGUGACCUCUCUGUGGAACUGAGCCAUGUAGCUGCGAAGGUGUUCCUCAGCGUCAGGAGCAGCACAUGGGUGUUCAGCCGGGUCUCACACCAAGGCUUCCCCUUCGACAUGAUCAGCACCACCCGCUUCAACCACUUUCUUGACUGGCUUCUCCCAUCAGCCCUCAUGAGGAGGAUCAGGUUUCGGAAGUUCAAUUCGUGGUUUAACCACACAAACUAUGGCUUGGCUUCCACCAAAAGCUCCAACUUUAAGGCAAUUACCAAUGAAGAGCUGCCGUUUUGCCUCCUCUCUGGGACCAUUGUGUUGAAGUCAAAUGUAAAGGAAUUCACUGAAAGCUCUGCUAUUUUUGAAGAUGGGACAACUGAAGAAAACAUUGAUGUGGUGCUCUUUGCCACGGGCUACAUCUUCCCAUUUUCUUUCCUUGAAGAGUCGGUUCGCAGCCUCUUCGAUGAUAACCGUUCCCUCUAUAAACGCGUCUUUCCUCCCCAGCUGGAAAAGCCAACACUUGCCAUCAUUGGCUUAGUCCAGCUGACUGGCUCUGUGAUGGUGGGAGCAGAAAUGCAGGCUCGCUGGGUGACGGGGAUCUUUGCAGGCUGGAACAAGCUCCCUCCCACCAGCAAGAUGAUGGCUGAUGUUUUAAAGAAGAAGCCACUGGUUGAAAGGAAUCCAUCCGAAAGGAAGAACUUGAAGAUGAGUUUUAUCAGCUACAUUGAUGAAAUUGCUUCAUGUGCUGGCACAAAGCCCAGUGUGCUGAAGCUGCUCCUAACGGACCCACGGCUGGCCCUGGCCAUCUUCUUUGGCCCCUGCUCACCCUACCAGUACCGACUGGUGGGACGGGGGAAGUGGAGAGGGGCCAGAGAAGCUAUUCUGACCCAAUGGCAGCGGACACUGAAGCCCUUGAGAACUCGGGUGGUGGAUGACUCCUCCAACAGUUCCUCCAGCUGGCUCUGGGUGUGCCUCCUGGCCCUGCCAGCAGCUCUUACAUCAGGUUUUCUCUUCUCUAAAUACUCUCAGCUGGGCUGGAGCCACCGGGCAGGUUCCCAGCCGUAGAAGAAACCUGGUGUGACCUGGUCCUGGGCGAGCUGGAGAUGGUGCAAAGCUAUGCUGCUGCUCAGUGCUGUCAGUGGGGCUGGAGCUGGCCCAGCACCGGCAGGAGCUCAGACCCUGGUGCUGUUUGUUGUCCAGCCUCCUCCUGACGAUGUUUAGCAUCCACCAAGGGCCAUACAGAGCGUUUACCCCAAACCUGCUGCAAUCCAUGCCUGCGUUGCAUCAGCACCAGGCCAGAUCUCUAGUGGGCUUUUGGAAAGAGCCAUUUUGGGACAAGCUGGUGCUCAUGGGGCCAGCAUUCCCUCCUCCCUGCAUCCAGAGCUUCCUCUAUAAAAUUUCAUCAAGACCCACAACACCUUGAGAUUUUUCUGAAACACUAGAUGUAGAUCUUUGUAUUUGUCUGGUAACUUUUAGGAGGUGAAGUUGAUAGCCACAAAUAAACCUCAUGGAUUUGGUCUUCUCUCA